AUGAGCGGGACUCGCGCUGCGUGGACGCGCGUUUGCGCGCUCGCGCCCGUUCUCCUGCUGGCGACGUGGAGCCCCGCGUGGGCCGGCCGGAGCUGCGCUGACAGCAGGCACGUCUACGCCGAGAAGGGCUACAGCGUGAACACGGCCCCGCUCACGCAGAUCUCCGGGGAGCAUCUGCGCCUCUGUCCCCAGGACUACACUUGCUGCACCAGCGUGAUGGAAGAGGCUCUGGCUCGUCAGAGUGAAAAAGACUUCCUGACAGCCAUAGAUGACAGCAGCCAGUUCUUGCUCACCACCUUCACACAAAAACACCGCAGAUUUGAUGAGUUUUUCCGGGAGCUCAUCGACUUGGCCGAGAAGUCCAUGAAUCAGAUGUUCACCAAGACUUACGGGAUGCUUUACACACAGAAUGCUCGAGUCUUCCAUGACCUCUUUGCUGAGCUCCGGCGAUACUACACUGGAGGCAGCGUGAGCCUGGGGGAGGUUCUGGCGGAGUUCUGGUCCCGGCUGGUGGAGCGGGUCUUUUCUCUGGUGAACCCGCAGUACCAGUUCAGUGAGGAGUACCUGGAGUGUGUCAGCAAACAUGCAGAGCAGCUGCAGCCCUUCGGAGACCUGCCUCGGAAACUGCGCAUACAGGUCACAAGGGCAUUCAUAGCAGCUAGGGCACUGGUACAGGGACUGGCGACCGGUCGUGACAUCGUCAGCAAGGCAGCCAAGCUGAACGUGGGUGGGGAGUGCAUGCGGGCCCUGAUGCGGCAGUGGUACUGCCCCCUGUGCCGUGGCAUGCCCACCCUCCGACCCUGCCACUCUCUCUGCCUUAAUGUAAUGAAGGGUUGCCUGGCUAACCAGGCUGACUUGGACAGCGAGUGGAACAACUUCAUUGACGCUCUGGUCCAAGUGUCAGAGAAGCUGGAGGGUCCGUUCAACAUGGAAUUGGCAACCGACUCUAUUGCGGUCAAGGUGUCCGAAGCCAUCAUGCAUAUGCAAGAGAACAGCGUCGCCACUUCCACCAAGGUGUUCCAGGGAUGCGGCAGCCCCCGUCCUGCCCCUAGCCGGUCACGGCGUUCCCCUCGGGAGCAGGGGGGCGGCAGGAGGCCGUUCCGCACGUACAGUCCCGAAGAGAAGCCCACCACAGCUGCGGGUACCAAUCUGGACCGUCUGGUGUCGGAUCUGAAGGAACGCUUGCGUCCCAUGAAGGGCUUUUGGGUAUCGCUCCCACAAACCAUCUGUAAUGAUGACAACAUGGCCGCUGAUGUGACCAAUGAGGACAAGUGCUGGAAUGGACAGACCAGAGGCCGGUACCUGCCUGAUGUAACGGGAGAUGGACUGGUCAGCCAGAUAAACAACCCAGAGGUGGAAGUGGACAUCUCUCGUCCAGAUGUGAGGACACGGCAGCUGAUCAUGGAACUCCGCGUUGCCACCAACAGGCUGAGGCAGGCACAAGCUGGGCAGGACACCGACUUCAUGGAUAGUGAAGAAGGUAGUGGGUCAGGAGGAGGGGAUGGUGGAGACAGGUACAGCGAUGAGCCAGGCUAUGGUCCCUACUCGCCACCCUAUGGCAAACCACCCCGCAACCCGUCAGGGCAAAAUAAACCCCCUCGCGUCAGGGACAAAACUGGCACCAAGUGGACCCGGCCCAACCAAGGUCAUGGCAGUCGUGUCAAAUCAGGAGUCAGUCAACUCACCUCCUCGCUGUCCAUUAUCGCAGCUUUGCUUCUCACCAGUUUUGCAGUAUAGAACUCAGGACAUGGGUUUGUGUUAGAGCUGGUCUACACUGAAACAGAAACAUUGUCUUGUUAAAAUGUGGAAUGUAGGUGAAAUCAUGUCACGUGAGGAGUGCCUGAUCCGGCACGCUGGCUGAAAGCUGAGGCCUUAAUAGACGCCAGUUCAAAAAAAAAAAUCUACUUCCCAAUUACAGCUGUAAGUGUGAAGAGAAACAGAAGGACAAAAAUGAAUUAAAAAAUGGAACAAUAAGUAAGAUUUUCAUAAUAAGUGACAAAAAAGUGAAGUGAGCAAUGUUUGACUUUUUUACUCAGUGAUGUCUUCCUUUCCCUGUAGUACUAGUCUCUCAGGUUCCAGGGGCAGUCCAGCACAGUCCUCUUUCUGUGAGAGAACAGCGAACACCAUGCAAAAGCACAAACUCUUCUUCUUGUGUGAGCACAGUUAGAGUCGCGCAAACCACAGCCUCGUUUCAUGUGAGUGUGCACUCAGCAUCACGCAAAACGCAGUUUCUCCUUAUGAUGAUGUGCCCCGAU